UAACAGUGCGAGCUUGACAAGCUAUGUCUAGAAACAAAAACGUCUCAAAGUUAGUGUAAUUGGUGUUUUAUAUUGUUAGCUUGAAUGCAUUCGUGAUGAUAGGGCUUCCUCGCGUUUGUUCUGAACCACUCUGGUUAUUUCUAACUGGUUUUUGCUGGACGGAAUGUAAUUAUUCUGUAUUAGCAAAGUGAAUGGGAUGCAACCCACCGUAAAGCUAAAGCAGCUAAUGGCAGAAAUCAAAUAAGCGUUUCUGAAGUACAAGCAUUUAAAGUUCAUAAUUUACAGCUACAAGUCGAGGUGAUGAGACUAUAAGGAGGACAACAUUGUCUAUGGGCACUUCCUCUAAUCCUUGUCUAGCUGAGGACCGAGAGACUGGGGACAAAGUGAACCCAGAACCAAGGCUGUAGUAACACAGAAGGUCAAGGUCAUGUGACCGAAAACUGAAGCGAGAAUGUCUGAGAUGAAGGUUGAGACAGACGACCCCACUUUGGAGCCCCCCAAACCUGCAGCAUCCACGACAGAAUACGGCAAAGAUCUCAGUAAAUUCUACUAUCAGACGUUGGUAAUUAAAGAAGAGGGUACCCAUGAUUGGCGCUCCAGCUUGAACCAGCAGGACCAAGAGCCCCCACUCAUAAAGGAGGAAGAGGAGGAACAGUGGAUCAGUCAAGAGGAAGAGCAGCUCAUUGUGAAGAUUGAAGAUGAGGAGAAACCUCAGGUAUCUGAGCUUCAGCAUAUCAAAACUGAAGACCGUAAAGAGACUGAAUUUUCAACAAGCAACACAACUGCGCAGCUGGAAAUGGAACCUUGUGGAGAGGACAGUAGCGAACCAGAACCAGACAGAAACUUAAAUUCACUUUGUUCUUUUCAACAAAGUAAGAUGAAAGUUCACAAAAGAGGUAAAAGAUCUAAACUGUGCUCCAAACUUACUGCUCAGAUUAGAGUCUAUGCAGGAGAAAGGCCGUUUGGUUGCAAUGUUUGUGGCAAAAGAUUCAAAAAUAAGACUCAUAUUCGAUUACACAUGAUGAUUCACACUGGAAAGAGAGAAUAUUGCUGUGAUCUUUGUGGUAAAGGAUUUAAAGAAAAGCAUUGCCUUCAGAUACAUAUGAGACUUCAUACCGGAGAGAGGCCAUUUGCAUGUGAUGAUUGUGGUAGAAGAUUCCACGCAAAAACAAAUCUUAAAACUCACAUGAAAGUCCAUUCAGAAGAAAAACCAUUUUCCUGUGAUGUUUGUAGUACAAGAUUUAAAAGGAAGGAGACACUGAAGAAGCACACGAUGAUCCACACUACAGAGAAAACCUUUUUUUGUAGCAUUUGUGGGAAAGGAUUUUCAUUGCAAAAAAGUCUGAGGACUCACAUGUGUCUUCACACAGGAGAGAAACCAUUUGUUUGUAGUGUUUGCAGUAAAGGAUUUGCAUUACAGGAGAAUCUAAAGAGACACAUGUCCUCUCACACUGGAGAAAAACCGUUUGUUUGUGGUGUCUGCAGUAAAGGGUUUUCAUUACGACAAAAUCUAAAGAGCCACAUGCACGUUCACACAGGGGAGAAGCCAUUUAUUUGCAGCUUUUGUAGUAAAGGAUUUUAUAGACACGGAGAUCUGAGGAGACACAUGAGUGUUCACACAGGGGAGAAAGCAUUUAUUUGUAGUGUUUGCAGUAAAGGAUUUUCACAACAAAUUCAUUUAAAGAAUCACAUGCGUGUUCACACAGGGGAGACGCCAUUUGUUUGUAGUGUUUGUAGUAAAGGAUUUUCACUGCAGGAGAAUCUAAAGAGACACAUGCAUGUUCACACAGGAAAAAAGCAGUAUAUUUGUGACAUCUGCAAUAAAGGAUUUUCACAGCAAGGGACCUUAAAGAGGCACAUGAGUGUUCACACUGGAGAAAAACAGUUCAUUUGUAGUGUUUGUGGUAAAGGUUUUUCGAAGCAAAAUUAUCUAAAAAGCCACAUGGAGGUUCACACCGCACCAUUUAGCUGCAACGAAUGCAGUAAACGUUUUGUGAAUGAAAUCCAGUUGGAGCGACACGCAAGAGUUCACACUGAGGAGAGACCGUAUGGUUGUGACAUCUGUAAGAGCAGAUUUAAUCAAAAGGGUCAACUUCAGAAUCACAUGAGGGUUCAUUCAGGAGAGAAGCCAUUUGUUUGUGAUGUUUGCAGUAAAGGAUUUUCGCAACACGGAAAUCUGAAGAGACACAUGAGUGUUCAUGAGGGCUGCAAGUAAUGUUUAUGAUAGUCGACUAGUUUAAAAGUGUCAAGUGAUACAACGUAUUAUGAAAUAAUUGCUUUGUGUAUUCAUACAUGUCCUUAGCACAUUGUGCUUCUCCAUCAUCAAAUAAAUUCCCACAGUAGUUUUUUUUUUUAACGGUUUUCUUCUGCUUGGAUCAGCUUCAGUUCAAACUUCAAAAUAUUUGAGCAGUUGGAAUGAGAGCUAAGCAGCAAAAGGGAAAAGUCUAGAAUUGACUCUCUCUUCCACUUUCUAUUUCAGCCUUUCAUGGUAUUCUCGCUGUGCUUUUAGCCCCGCCCCUUUUUAUGAAUAGCUCUUAAGAGACAGCUCUAUGAUUACUGCUUUAAAGGUUCCCAUUGAAAGGUAAAUGGAAGCACACAUAGUCACACUAGGUGGAAAAUAUACAGACAGAAAAAUAAGAAUACUGGACUGUAUAGAAAGGACAAAUUUGCAACAUACAGAAAAUAAUACUGUACAGUUAUUACAAGCAUUAUGCUUAGAUUAGAAUAAAUGUGCAAAUGAGUGAGUUAAAAAUGAUCAAAAGCUACACUACAGUUAAGGUAAACUGGAUUUUCCCCUCAAUGUUUUGGGGAGGAGCGUAUUCUUGCAAGCUCCAAAAUAUAAUCUGUCUCACAACUUAAGUUAUGAGGUCCUGAAUGCUUAUUUAUUAUUGCAGCCCAUUUCUUCUCAUUCAUUAGUAGAAUAAGUAGUGCAAUAUUGUAUGAUAUGUCUGAUAUUUGUUGGUUAUUUUUGUUCCUGUUAUGUUUCUGGUGACAAUAAAUUGCAGUCCUGA